CAGAGGUAACACUAAUGUGUUGAAUGAUGCAAAUGUGGAGUAGUGCCAUGUGUUUAUAAUUUUAUCUCGCUUAUCCUGUUGAAAUUCAAUAUAGCUUGUUCCACUGUUAUAAAAAGCAAAUAUACAAAAUAAAUUCUUUUUUUCACAAAUGCAAAUAUUUUUAUUUAUAAAAUGUUUUGUCAGAAAAUUCGCGCGUUAAUUAAACUCAAAAGCGUCAUAGGUUAUGUCAAUGAAUUAAAUCACUUGAUCAUAUCAAAACAAUAUGGGAUUGGGCAUUUACAGUUCAGAUUGCAACACCCGGUCAGCAAUUUUUGUACGCAGAAACUUCCGAAGAAGGCGGAUGUUUUUGGAGAUAUCUCGGGCAGGAAAUUCGAGCGCUUUCCAUUGGACAAGCAGGAAAAAGAGGAAGAAGAAUUUCAAGAUAAAGAAGCAAUUGUUCCACGUCGACUGAAACCAAGUCCAGGCCAGUACGCCAAGAUGAUCAAGUCGCAUAUAAGUAAGAACGAUUUGAACUCCGCUUUGAAGGUGCUGAACUUGAUAAAGGAGAACCGAGACAAGCCCACGCUGUACCUGUACAACCUCCUGUUGUAUUCGUUCGCCAAGCAAGGUGACAUAAAGCGAUGCUUCAGUUUGUACAACGAGGCGAAGAAGCGUGGGCUGCAGCCGAAUGCGGCGACCUACACCAGCCUGAUUAACGCGUGUGCUAUGGCCAACAACAGCACAAUGGCUCUGGACCAUUUAAAUCGGUUGCGACAGUCGCUCUAUUCGGCGCAGUUCCCACUGAACGAGACGCACUACAAUGCCAUGGUGAAGGCGUACAGUUGGCACGGUCAGAUCACGGAGGCCUUUCAAUUGGCGGACGAGAUGAGGGACAGACGUAUUCCCAUCGGAGAGAUAACAUACAACUCCCUGUUUCAUGGAGCGAUCUCGGACAAAGAGGCUGGCCUGCGACACGCCCUGAUCGUCUGGCAUUUAAUGCGCUUGAAGAAUAUCAAGACGAGCCUGAUUACUUACAAUCUUCUCCUGAGAGCGAUCAGAGACACCAAUCUGGGAAACUUAAAGCCUGACGAUGUUCUUCUCUCAGGACUGGACCAAACUAGAAUUUCAAUUAUUGAAGGCGACAGGCCGGAUUUGUUGGCCUCUCCGCCUGUUGUGAGCACACUUUUACCAUUAGAAAAUAAACAGAAUGUUAUGCAAAGCGAUACCGAUGCAAAUACGCAGAAAACGUUGGUAAAUUUGAACGAUGUAUUUGUCAGCAAUCGUCUGAUUCUGUUCGGUGGCUUAGAAGGAUUUCUGAACCGGAUGUUCAACGACGGUGUUAAACCAAACGCCAAAACCAUUACGCUGCUCCUAGAUUUAAUCCCCAAUACGACAUCCGCUGAAAAUCUACUCACCAAAAUUGCAGAUGAAAAAAACAUCGAACUGGAUAUCGAUUAUUUUAAUAUGCUCAUUAAGAGACGUAGCAUGCGAUUCGAUUAUAAAGCUGCAAAGGAGGUGAUAAGCAUAACAGAGAAAAAGCAGCUUUCUCCAAACGUAAUGACCUUUGGGGUCUUGGCGCUCAGUUGUCAAGAAUGCAGAGAUGCCAGAGAGUUCCUGGAAGGACUAGAGGCUUAUGGAUACAAACCGAAUUCUGUAAUCGUGGGCACUCUCAUCGAUACGGCUUGCUAUAAAAAAGAUUUUGAAUACUUGUUAUUUGUAAUGAAGUAUAUGACGGAGAACAAAAUGAAACCCGAUAAGAAGGCCAUCAAUUGUCUAAAGGAGUUUUCAGAAGAAUUAUCGAAAAUAGAGAAACCUACAGGAAAAUACAAACUCCGAAAACUGAAGCGUUUGGAGGGAAACGUCGAGAAAUUCGAACAGGAGUAUCCCAAAUGGCAAAAGAUGAUAAAACAAUAGUUCAUUACAAGAUAAAAUAUUAUUUCUGUAAAAUACAGCCCUUGAAAAAAAAUUUGUAUACUGUUGUUGACACAAUUGAUAUGUUUUGUAAAUAUACACAUAUGUACGAAAGGAAAGGAAAUGGACAGUAAAUAAAUUAGCGAAGAUA